UCUCCCCCUUCUUCCUGCUUCUUUUAAGAGAUGAAUCGCUGGCGGCCGAUCAAAGCCGGAGCCCUGUACGGCUGCAGCCGGCACAAAGGGGCGUCAGGGCUGGAACAUCGCCCAAGUCACCCGCUACUGCCACGCAGAUGGGCAACAUCGCUUCAGGGGUCAGCGUCGGAGUGGUGGAACACUCAUUUCCUGUGCCAUUCUCUGUUUUCACUCUCUUUCUUUCACUCUAUGAUCAGCCACAACAUUAAAACCACCUGCCUAAUCUUGCACAGGUCCACAAUUGGCCCUCUUGUGGAGGCCGGGUUAACGGCUGUAAAGAAGCGCCAUGUUCUCUCGGUGUCUCGCCAAACAUCCUCUGGUUUAUUUUUUCUAGGCUAACUGUGAGGAGUCAUCAGAUCAAUCUCUCUAGAAGGAUCCCUCAUGACCCGAGAUUUGUCAUCCAGCACCACAGACCUUUAUUUACCCUUCACACAGGAGAAUGGAUGAAGGAGAUGACAGCAGACCAAAAAGAAAUGGCUAACUGUGAGGAGUCAUCAGAUCAAUCUCUCUAGAAGGAUCCCUCAUGGACCAAGAUUUGUCAUCCAGCACCACAGACCUUUAUUUACCCUUCACACAGGAGAAUAGAUGAAGGAGAUGAGAGGAUGAGGAAGCAGACCAAAGGUAUGCAAAUAUGGUGCACUGUGCUCAGGACCUACCAGAAGUCGGACAGCGGGUCGUCAGGUGCUGGUGGGAAUGAGAGGCUCGUGCUGGCGACGUCCGUAGAAACACCCAAGCAGGGCGAGCAUGAGCCGCGCGCUGGCGGAGCCCGUGGGCGCGAGCUUCCGCGAGGACGCGCCGCGCCCUCCGGUGCCCGGCGAAGAAGGUGAGGGCCCCCGCCGCGUCCCCGCCGACCUGCCGCCUCCGGUGGCGGUUCCCGUGCCGGUGCCGGGCUGCGGCGCAAGCCGUAGGAACGAGGACGGUCUGGGGGAGCCUGAGGGCAGCGCUUCGCCGGACUCCCCCCUGGCCCGCUGGACCAAGUCCCUGCACCUGCUGCUGGGGGACCAGGACGGCGCGCACCUCUUCAGGACGUUCCUGGAGCGCGAGAAGGGCGAGGACGCGCUGGACUUCUGGUUCGCCUGCAACGGCUUCCGGCAGAUGGACCUGAAGGACGCCAAGACGCAGCGCGUGGCGCGGGCCAUCUACAAGAGGUACGUGGAGGCGAGCGGCGUGGUGGCCGAGCAGAUGAAGCCGGCCACCAGGAGCUACAUACGGGACAGCAUCAAGAAGCAGCGCGUGGACUCGGCCAUGUUCGACCAGGCGCAGACGGAGAUCCAGGCUGCCAUGGAGGAGAAAGCCUACCAGAUGUUCCUCACCUCGGACAUCUACCUGGACUACGUGCACUCGGGCUGCGAGAACGCCGCCUACGCCCACCAGAGCAGCCUGGCGGGGCUCAAGGUGAUGUGCGGCUACCUGCCGCCGCUCAUUGAGGACAAAGAGUGGACCUGUGGAGACCUGAAGGCCAAGGCUCUGGCCACCGUGGUGGGGCUUUCGGCCAAGAGCUUGAGAGCCACCAUGACCCUGAGGACUGCAGAGGGUCUGGAGCAUGGAUGCAGGGCUCCGAGACGGGGAGAUCCGGCCAGUCCUUACUUCAUGAACUCGGGUCAUGUAUUUGCUCCAGCUAGCAGCGCUAACGACAGCGAGGUGUCCAGCGAUGCCACCACGGAUGACUCCAUGUCCAUGACGGACAGCAGUGUGGAUGGGAUUCCUCCAUACAAGCUGGGCAUGAAGAAGCAGCUACAGCGGGAGAUGCACCGGAGCGUCAAGAUCAACGGACAAGUUUCGCUCCCCCACUUUCCCAGAACACACCGGCUGCCGAGGGAGAUGGCUCCGGUAGAGCCGUCUGCGUUCGCUGCGGAGCUGAUCGCCCGGCUGGAGAAGCUGAAGCGCGAGCAGGACACGCUCAGCUGUCUGGAGGAGAGGCUGCAGCAGAUACAGGAGGAAGAAGAGCGAGACGAAGGUGAGGUGGCAGCUCCCCAGCCUCCUGCCUCCCUCAGCCUCCUCCCAUCCGGAUUCUGCGAGGAAGAUCCUCAGGCGAUCCUGGACGACCAUCUCUCCAGAGUUCUAAAGACCCCCGGUUGUCAGUCCCCUGGCGUCCCUGUCUAUUCUCCACGCUCUCGCUCCCCCGACCACAGCCAUCACCACCACCAGCACCAUCACCAGGGCUCUAGCUCCAGCCCCUUAUCCGACGGACCCUACUCCAUCCUGGGCAAGGUGUCUCCGGCAGGCCCCCAGCCCUCCAGCAAGCACAUCCACCAUCACUACAUCCACCACCAUCACGGAGCCCCGCCCAAGAGCAAGGAGCAGAUUGAGGCGGAGGCAGCCCAUCGAGUUGCCCAGUGUCUGGGGUCGGCAGGGGGCUCCGAUUACUCCUUCCAGCGAUGCCACAGUCCAGCUGAGCUUCCAGCAGGGAGAACUGGCAUGCUGUCCAAACGUCCCAGUAAGGCCAGCGAUGGGAUGAGUAUCUGCCAGUCCAGCGGAGAGGGCAGCAGCUCUCCUCAACUGCCUUUAGAUGGUACGGAUAGAUCUCAAAACGUCUGGCAGUGGAUCUUAGGAAGUGAAAGGCAGGGCAGGCAUAAACCACACAGUUCCCAAGGACUGAAGAAGACCCACCCCACAGAACCCAUGUCCUCCUCAAAGACACCCUUAUGGGGCGGCGGAGGAGUAGGCGGUCACGCCCAAAGGCACCAUCCAGGUCAUCCUUUCGUCCAGGACCCCACCAUGCCUCCUCUACCCCCACCCAACACACUGACCCAACUUGAAGAAGCCUGCCGGAGGCUGGAGGAAGCCUCCAAACCCACUAAACAAAGGCACUCGGCGUCCAGUCUGCAGAGAGAACGAGUGCAUCCGUCUCUUUUCCCCAACGCUGGAUCCAAUCUCAUCAGCCCUGCCCUGCAGAUGGACGAGUGGAAAGAACAGCGAAGGCCCAGCACCGGUCACUCCAGCGCCCCCUCUGGCUCGGAGCUGGUGGUCACCUAUUUCUUCUGCGGAGAGGAGAUUCCGUACCGCAGGCUAAUGAAGACCCACAGCCUCACUCUCGGCCAUUUUAAAGAGCAGCUCCGAAAGAAAGGCAACUACAGGUACUACUUUAAGAAGGCCAGUGAUGAGUUUGAGUGUGGUGCGGUGUUUGAGGAGAUCUGGGAGGAUGGAACUGUGCUCCCCAUGUACGAGGGGAAGAUUCUGGGGAAGGUGGAGCGAAUGGACUAAGGAGACCUUCAGCCAGCUUCUCCUCCAUCAGCCAACAAACCACUGCAGACAUGGACAGACUAUUCCUACGGACUAUUCCACUAAUGACCACCGUUUACUCGGCCCCACCCACUACAGACAUCACUACUUCACGUGCGAGGCUGGAGCGUCUGUGCAUUCCUUGGCAUAGAGACUUAUUAGUUUUUUUCUUUGGCACAACGUUGGAAUCUCCUUUUUGUUUCGUUUUGUUUCGUUUUGUUUGUUUGAUUAUUUUUUAAGCUAUCUAGAGUUAAUAUAUUUGUGGAGGACUGCCCAGGUUGUGAUGAAGCUAUUGAGCUAUUGAAGGAACACUAAGAACCAACCAAUGAAGAAACAUUUUAUUCAUGUGUUAAAAGAAAAACCAAUCAGCCUUAGAAACCCGAGAAUCACAGCCUUCUGGGUAAUGUAGUGUUUAUUUUUAUUAUUAUUUUUUUUUUGGUUGUUCGUUUAAGAGCGGUUGCUCAUGGAAAAUCCUCACCAGAAGAACCACUGAAGAAGAGCUGGAGAUGAAGAUAAGAAGAUAAAGAACUGAAGAAGACCUGAGAUGACAGUUAGUUUGUUAGUUAGUUCAGUGGCUAGACUGAUCUGGAUCAAGCUUGUGUCAAUGCUGAGAUGUCUAUACGUGUGUGUAUAUACAUACAGUCCUAUGUGUAUAUAUACAUGUAUAAUUUUAAAAGAUGAUCUAAAUAAUUUUAAAUGUUUUUUUUUAUUAUUAUCUAUUUAUUGAAACUGUACUAUCCCACCUUCUCCCGACCCCCACGUCCACGGAACGGACACGCUGCUUUCGAAACAUUGGUUCAGUUCCUUUUAUUACCAAUGCAACACCCACAUAUAUAUAUAAACCCCUGUGAUCGGAGUCUCGUCGGAGUGUAGGCAGCGAUGGCGUCGUAGCAGAAGAGCUCCUCGGAUGUUUAGAAUGUUCUGCUGCAGUAGCGUCGUCAGUGAAAGCUUCCUGUGCGGUAUCUACUUCUUCUCCUUUUAGGAGAUCUUCUCACAUUACAUCCUCCUCACUGUUACAAGGACUUUUUUCUGGGUUGUUUUUUUUUUUAAGUUUGAAAGUGCGCUUUAUGGACUCUUUAACGAAACGGUUUCCUUAAGGUUCCUCAAAGCACCUUAAAAAAGGGUUCUUCCUCAGUUUCAAAUUGAAGAACCCCUAAAAUCUUACUUGUAACAGUGAGUAGAUGCUAUUUAGUGGUUCCGUCCCAUUUCCAGCACAUUCUCAGCUGCUCUAUUAAACCUAGGUCUCUCUUUCCACUACAGCAGUUCUUCUACAUUUAUAUUUACAGACAUAUAUAUUUACAUUCACGUCCAGUUGUAUCAUAGUGUUUGUUGACCAGACAUUGCAUCAACACAAGUAAGAAAAGACGUAUAUUAAUACUGCAUUACUACAUUACUGUGAACCAAAGCAUUUCAUUUUCCAUGUACUUUAACUAAUAGAGGUAGGCUGAUAAUUGAACUGAUAAUCAUGAAUAAAAUAAUAAACUGAGCAAAAGAAUAUUAGAAUAAAUAAAAAUAAUGAUGUUAUGACCAUAUAAAGAAAAAAUAAUGAUACAGCCAUGAUCAGUCAGCAGAUACUCCUUUUGUUAUUUAUUUGUUAAUCUAUUUUCCAAAGCAAUUUUAGGCCUGUGGAAAAAUAUUGAAAAGGUCAUCUUAAAUAUAUUGUUCUCAAUAUAUCUUAUAGAAAUUUAGUGAGAUAACUCAGCUUGUGUCUAUUUAUUCCCUAGAAUGUUUUAAGAUGUUUUUUUUGUUUUUUUAAUAACCUCUCUUGUUGUAUUUGGUUUAGUUUAGAUUGCUUCCAAAAAUAAGUAAAUUUUUUAUGCAAUUAAAUUAUAUUAUUACUAUUAAAUAAAUAAUAUUAAAUAAGUAAUAUAAAAACAUUAUACAUGGAUAAAAUGCCAUGAAAUAUUCAGAAUACGAGAAAUAAAUAUUCAAAAGCAUCAAAACUAACACUGAUUCCCUUGCUGCUCUGAGGGCAGCACUAAAAUACAUGCAGUGAUGCCCUCAGAUCAGCCCACAGACAUUAACCCUAAAUGCUUUGCUUCUCCGUAAUGUAAGUUCAGCUCAAGCUAUCUGAUAUAAACCGUACUCUUCAGUAUCAGUAUCUAACAGUAUCACAUAUUUAUAGAAUACAAGUGCUCUCCAUUAUUAACAGCUAUACUUAGUUAUACUGAGUUAUCCAACAACCAAUCCACACAGAUACCACCAGAUCCAUAAACCAUCCAUCAUAUCCUACCUAAAAGGCCUAUAUGUUGGAAUGAUCCAUUGUGAACCAGUGCAGCACCUGUGCCUACAUGGACCGUACCAUGUGCUACCCUGUUUCAGGGUUUAUUAUUCCCUCGGUUUUCAGAAGGGCUUUAUGUUUAAAAAUUAAAACACUUUUUAAGCUUUUAAGAAAUAUCAUUUACUUUGUUUUGUUUUGUUUUUGUUUUUGCUUUACUUUGUUUACUUCAUUUUAUUUUAUCAAAUCUGUAAAUUAUACACUAUACAGAGAGUUUUCAGUUAAAUAUUUUACUUUGAUCUAUAAUUAUUAAAAGAUGUAGCCUUUAUUAUUAAAGUUU